CAGGCAUUUGCCUUUUCUGUCAGCUGUGGCCGGACUGUGGGAGACUAUUACCAGACGUUGCAUUGUAUCUCUCCUUUGUAUUGGUAUUGUGAGACUCUGAUAUGGUGUGAAGGAAAAGACAUUGAAGGCUAAUUCAAGGGCACAACCAUGGAGGAAAUGGACUUUGAGAGGCGCCGGGAGCUGAGGAGGCAGAAGAGGGAGGAGAUGCGCCUGGAGGCCGAACGGUUGGCGAAGAAUGACGACGAUGAGGAGGAGGCGGCCCGCGAGAGGAGGCGCAGGGCACGCCAGGAGAGGAUGAAGAGCAGGGAAGGCGAAGAGACUAGCAGCCAGCCAGACAGUCUGGUCAUGACCAACAGCCACAGUGUCACAGAGACUGUGUCUGUGAGCAGCUCUUACGGAGGAGGCGGCGGUGACGACGAGGAACAAGCCCUGCUGGAGCGCAUGGCCAAACGCGAGGAGAGAAGGCAGAGACGCAUGAAGGAGGCGCUGGAUAGACAGAACCAGCUGGACUCCGGUGAGACGGAGGGCAAUAACGACAGCGUGGCCACUGAGGAAAACAAUGCAGAGGAGGAGCGGCCCUCCUCCUGGCGCAAGGGCCGUUACCGCGACAAUGAAGAAGAAGAAGAGGAGAAGGCGAUGACGUACAGCUCAAGGAGAGAGGAGAAGGAGCGAGAGGAGCCAAGAGAGGAAGAGGAAGCUGCUCCUGAGGGUGGAGAGGAGGAAGCUCAUGAAGGAGUAGAUGAGGAGGAGGAGGAGCAGAAAGUGGAGGUUGUGGAGGAAAAACCAAGAAGGUCUUACUACAGAGACCAGGAAUCAACUGAAGAGCCUAGUAUGCAAAACAAGGUGAACGAGAGAGGCGAGGAGCAGAGGAAGCAGAACGGAGGGCUGCAUGAGGAGGCGGCUCCCAACCAGCACAGGAAACCUGAGAGGACACUCAGUCGCGGCAGUGUACGUUCCCCUGAGGUGUCUGCGGGUGACGACCAGGACGACGCAGCCCGCCUGGAGGCAGAGCGCAAGCUGGAGGAGCUGAAGCGUCGCCGCGACGACGCAGAGAGCGAAGAGUUCGAGAGAAUGAGGCAGAAGCAGCAAGAGGCCGAAGUCGAGCUGGAGGAGCUGAAGAAGAAGAGGGAGGAGAGAAAGAAGGUGUUGGAUGAGGAGGAGAGGCAGAAGAAACAGGAGGAGGCAGAAAGGAAAGCCAGAGAGGAGGAGGAGAAGAGGAAGAUGAAAGAGGAGAUUGAGAGGAGGAGAGCGGAGGCAGCUGAGAAGAGACAGAAGGUGGAGGACAAUCUGGAUGGGGAGGGCCAACCCUUCAAGUGUGUCAGCCCUCGUGGAUCCUCUCUGAAGAUUGGAGAGAGGGCAGAGUUCCUGAACAAGUCAGCGCAGAAAAGCAGCACAGUGAAGAUGUCUCAUUCUCCACUGGUGUCCAAGAUAGACAACAGGCUGGAGCAGUACACCUCAGCUGCUCAGAGGGAGAACAAGGAAUCUCGAUCCCCUCGCUCCGGAGCGGUGGAUCUGCCCAUGGUCACCGACAGCAUAAGAAACAUCAAGAGCAUGUGGGAGAAAGGCAACGUGUUCACCUCGCCUGGGGGUGGCGGGAGCGCAUUCAAGGAAGCAGCUGUGAUAAAGACAGGCGUGGCAGGCCGCAUCAACGACUGGCUGAAUAAAACCCCGGAGAGCGGCAAAACGUCAGGAGGAAGGCCAUCGGAUCUGAAGCCUGUUGACGUCACCAACAAGAGGAGUCUAUGGGAAAACAAAGGCGCCUCUCCAACCAAGGUGGCAGGCAGAGGGGAGACCAAAUCAGUCGCCAACGGUAUGGGACAUUAAUGUCUUGAAGGAGCCACUAAAGCUGGGGACCACGACAAUCCAAGACUCUUCCUUUGACUUUGUCUUUAAUACCAAAUAAUGACCAAAAUCCCAAGAGGGACCCCAAGAAAACGGAGGGACAGAAGAGACUCUGUCCGAGCACUGUACCGAAACAGCAUCACAUUUUUGUACGGUUGCCACGUAUAGUGCCUUUGCACAAUGAUUUUUGCUUUCUAAAAGAAACAAAAUGCUGUGAAAUUUGGACAUUUGUUAUUACUAUUACUAAUUACUUUAUACGAUCCUGCCAGGAAGAAAAAAAACAAAAAACAAAUUAAAAUUUAGAUUUAUCUGUUGUACUCCAUUUUGACUGUUUUGGUAGAGACAGAGUAGAUGAAUUAAACAUUUCAGUCCACAUUCCAAAGAGAUGGGUGAAAUCAGUUCUCUCCCUCAUACAGUUCAUUUUCCAUCUCUUUUUUUAUUUAUAUUUAAAGCAAAAGCUUCACACAUUGCUAUUUUAUUCAACGUUCACCACUUCAGGAUAGAAAUAUAAGCACUUCUAGAAUUUAGCUGAUUUCACUUUUAUUAUGUCUUACCAAUAGUGCAGCAAUGGUCUGAGUAAUAUAUGUUAGCACAUGUGAGGUUUUGAAUAUGACCUAUCAUACUGUAUCUUAUAUAACAUCAUUAUACUCAUAACAAAAGGUAUUUUGCUUUUUUUUUGUAUCCAGAAACUAGUCACCAACAGGCAGUUAAUUGUGGUGGUGAUAGGAGUGUUGAAUAUUCAGAAGGCCAUUAUGACUUUUUUUAUUAUCUUUUUAUGUCAUUUUAUUUAUGUUUUAAUGUGUUUUGUCCUUUUUUUCUAUUUCUAGCUGUUUUUGUAGCUUUUGUACCUGUUUGAUCACUUUAAAAAUCUUCAGACAUUCCUCUUUAAAAAGCAGGUGCACAAGAUGCCUUAAAAACUGUAGGUUUUUAUAAUGUAGGAAUUCGGCAAACCAGCCAUCUUUUUUUCAGUCUACCUUUAACUUUUUUAUUGCCUCUAUGCACACUCUUAUGCUCAGCGAUAGUUUUGUCAUUGAGGGCAUACAAAGUAAAAUCAGGGUGCCUAAGCAUAUAGCAAGAUAGUAGUACAAUACGAGGAUAUUUACCACUAUGUAACUUCUGGCCUUAUGAUUGCAAUGAAAACAUGUAUGACAGCUGAGGUACAGUACAUGAUCGCCUCAUAGCAACUCUUUAUGAUAUUAAGACUUCUGAUUUUCAUGUUUAUUUUUCACUGACAUGGUCUUAAGUAGCACAUUCCCUUUCAUAGGUUUUGCGCGGCACAGGCUUUGAUAAUAUGAACGGUUUGCUGGGGCAUUAAAUUGAUUCAUGUUACUGCUCAAAAGUCUGACAAUCACAUUCCACGGCUCCUGAAAAGAGCAGAGGAGCUUGACCAAAAUAUUUGUAAGCGUGAUUUAAUGUGACAUUUAUGUUUUUUUUAAUACAGUGGUUUCAUAAUGCCGUAUUAUUUUUUUUAAACCUUAUGUCCAUCUUAUGUUUUUUUGAAAGUUCUUUUAUUUCCAUGUUUAACCAGACACUUGUUGUUUGUGUAGCGCUAAGCCUAUGCAAAACACACUAUCUGUAGUCUCUCUAAACACUCCCAAUGUCACAGAAGGGGGCAGUUUCCAACUGGAUGAAUGUUUUAAACAUUGUACCCUUGACUCAACAACAGCAAUAAAGACAUUGAGAUAUU